AUGGCUCAGUCUAAAGUCCGGAUUGCCAUCUCAGGUGGAGGCAUGGCAGGCGCCACGCUGAUGCACGCUCUGAUCAAACACGACCAUCUUGACGUCCACAUAUUCGAGUCUGCCACCGAGUUUCGUGAAGCUGGAAUGGCUGUUGGCAUGACCCGCAAUGCCUUCCAAGCGUUAGAACUCAUCGGCCCUUCGGCAAGAGAAGCACUCGAACGGGCAGGUUCUGUGCCGCAUUAUGGCGCCAGAUUGAUGCUGGCGCUGGGACCUGGGGCAGGAACGAUGAUCGACGAAAUCGAUGCGAGGAAAGAAGGCAAGAGAUUGACCAGUAUCGUGCAUCGCGCUGCAUUGCUGAAAGAACUCCUGGCAAGCGUUCCGAGCGAACGAAUGCAUGCAUCCAAGAAGCUGAAGACAGUCGAUCGUAGCGGCGAUGGACCUCUCGUGCUGCAUUUUGGAGAUGGCUCCACACAUGAGACCGACAUCCUCAUCGGUGCAGAUGGCAUUCACAGCUUUGUCAGGAAGAUUGUUCUCGGCGAGUCUGAUCCAGCAGCAGUGCCUGUGUCUGCCGACAUGAUGGCAAUACCCACGCUGCAGCCGUACGAGAAAUUGAAACCUAUCCUUGGCGCUGACUACGUGGACACCAAAGACCCUCGGGAGUGGGGUUGGGUUGGCAAGGGGACCUUUAUGAUGCACAAUGUGCUCAAUGAAGGCGAACUGAUCCAGUUCAUUGCGACAGUGAAGAUCGACACCGGCGAUGCCUGGAUGAAGGAAGUAGACGCUCAAGAGUUCAAGGGCUAUUUCGAGGGCUGGCCGUCCCAUCUACGGAAUGCCCUAUCAGCUGUGAUUGGUGACCAGAAAACAGUGCAGUGCUGGUGCACGUGGGAACACGCCCAUGCACGAACAUACGCGGAUGGUCCGAUAGCCGUGAUGGGUGAUGCAGCACAUGCAACUACUCCGUGGCAGUCGUCGGGAGGCGGCAUGUCCAUGGAAGACGCUCUCGUGCUCUCGUCGCUGUUGGGUCGGAUAACCACGCCGAAGCAGGCAUCAGUAGCACUGCAGGUGUACGAUGAAGCACGCCGGCCCCGCACACAGAAGAUUGUUGACUCCAGUCGGGAGACGGGUCUGAUAUUCACGGGAAACGAUCCGGAAUACACAAUGGAUCAUGCCGGUCUCAAGGGCAGAUUGCCACAGCGGUGGGAUUUCAUCCUGGACUUUGACAACGGCAAAGCACGCGACGAAGCUGUGCGGGAAUUGGAGGCGAGGCUGCGGUAA